UCUCUAAAAUUAAAAAAUUCAAUUUUCAUUUUCAUUUUGGUUUUGGUUGACACACUUCAACAGUGUUGUGGUGAUGAUGAUGAUGAAAUUAUUAAUAUUGGCAUUAAUAACAUUAUGCUCGAUUCGAAUUGGAGAAUGUGUUCGUAUCGUGUUGGAAGAGAAUAUUGCGGAUAAAUGUGAUUAUUCAAAAUGUCCAACUGAAAUAAAUGAUGGACAUAAAUUAUAUGUUCAUCUGGUACCACAUACGCAUGAUGAUGUCGGUUGGCUGAAAACUGUUGAUCAAUACUAUUAUGGUACUAAACAAUCCAUACAAAAAGCUAGUGUACAGGAUAUUCUCGACACUGUUAUCGAUGAACUGAUACGAAAUAAACAACGUAAAUUUAUUUACGUUGAAACUGCUUAUUUUUGGAAAUGGUGGCUUGAACAAAAUGAACAAAUGCGUUCGAUUGUUAAAGAAUUAGUUCGAACAGGUCAAUUUGAAUUUAUAAAUGGUGGUUGGUCAAUGCCCGAUGAAGCGACAACACAUUAUCAAUCACUAAUUGAUCAAUCAACAUGGGGUUUACGACGUUUGAACGAUACAUUUGGUCAUUGUGGUCGGCCAACGGUUACAUGGCAAAUCGAUCCAUUCGGACAUUCUCGUGAAUUGGCUAGUCUUUAUGCCCAGAUGGGCUAUGAUGCCUUAUAUUUUGCACGGGAAGAUUACCAAGAUCGUUAUUAUCGUCAAUUCAAUCAAACAUUGGAACAUGUUUGGCAAGGUUCAGAUGAUUUAGGCAAACGAGCAGAUAUUUUUACCGGUAUGAUGCAAAUGGGUUAUGGUCCGCCUAAAGGAUUGAAUUGGGAUUUGGUUGGUGGUGAAAAUGAUCACAUUGUCGAUAAUAUUGAUUCAAAAGAAUAUAACGUUCCACAAAUUGUUAAACAAUUUCGACAAUUAGCCAAAGAAUAUUCCCAAUAUUAUGCAACAAAUCACAUAAUGUUUCCAAUGGGUACGGAUUUCAAUUAUCAAUCAGCACAUCAAUGGUUUCAAAAUAUGGAUAAAUUAAUCAAUGCUAUCAAUUCUGAUCCGAAAUUCAAUGAUAUUCAAGCAAUCUAUUCAACACCAUCAUGCUAUACCAAAGCACUUUAUGAUAGUAAUCACACAUGGCCAACUAAACGAGAUGAUUAUUUUCCAUAUGCAUCGGAUCCCCAUGCAUUUUGGACUGGUUAUUAUACAUCACGACCAUCAUUGAAACGCAUGGAACGUGUUGGUAAUAAUUGGUUACAAGUAUGUAAACAAUUAGAUUCAUUUGCAUUGAAUAAUGGUCAAUAUGAUUCGAAUAUAACCAGACUUCGCGAAGCUAUGGGUAUUCUACAACAUCAUGAUGCUGUAGCAGGAACUGAAAAACAACAUGUUGCCAAUGAUUAUGCUCGAAUAUUACAUGAAGCCAUUGUUGAAUGUCAACAAAUAAUCAGUUUAAGUUUGAAUAAUAUUGCUAAAAGUUUAGGACAACAGUUCCAUUCGAAACCAGAUGAGCUACAAUUUUGUAAUGAUCUCAAUAUUAGUUCAUGUUCCAUGACUGAAAGCGGUCAUAGUUUUUUGGUUUCGAUAUAUAAUCCAUUAAUACAUCCAUUAUCCAAUCAUACUGUGCGUUUGCCUGUUAAUGAAAGAUUUUUCUAUCAAGUUUUUGAUGAUAAAGGACAAUCUAUACCGGCUGUAUUAAUACCAAUACCAGAAUGGAUACGAGAAAUUCCUGGCCGACCACAGCGCCCCAAUUCAAAUGUGGAAAUUGUAUUCAAAAUUAAUCAUUUAGAAGCAUUGGGUUUGGUGACAUAUACAAUUCGAUCAUCAUCUCAAUUUACUAAACGAUCAGCACGAUUAAUCAAAGGUAAACCAAUCGAAUCGAAUGGAAUAAAAUUAUCCGGUCGAAACUUUGAUCUAUUUUUUGAUGAAAAUGGAAAACCAAAAAAAAUAAUGAGUCAAUAUGGAUCAAAUGAAUUUCGCAAUGCAAUUCGUUAUUACGAAGGAUCGAUUGGUGAUAAUCAACUGCAAACCAAUCGUUCCAGUGGUGCUUAUAUAUUUCGUCCAAUUGAACAAACAACCAAUGCAUAUGGUGAAAUAGUUGAAUCCAUUGCUUAUAUUGAUAACGAUUAUGGUUUAGUGCAAGAAAUACAUCAAAAAUAUGAAGAUAAUGUCUUUGGACAAAUCAUACGAUUAACUGGCGAUAGUGAAUUUGUUGAAUUUGAUUUUGUUGUUGGACCAAUAUCAGUAUGGGAUAAUAUUGGUAAAGAAAUAGUGUUACAAUAUCAAAUUGAUCAAGAUAAUGAGGGUCGAUUUAAAACUGAUGCUAAUGGUCGACAAUUAUUAUCAAGAAAAUGGAAUUAUCGUCCAACAUGGCCAGUAAUCAUUGAAGAACAUAUUGCCGGUAAUUAUUAUCCAGUCGAUUCACGUAUUUUAUUGGAUAAUCCAGACGGGCCAAGUAUUGCAGUGUUGACUGAUCGAUCUGAAGGUGGUACUAGUCCCUAUUCGGGUAUGAUUGAAUUAAUGGUACACCGAAGAUUAUUACAUGAUGAUGGCUUUGGUGUUGAUGAAGCACUCAAUGAACCAGGUGUUGAUGGUCAUGGUUUGGUUAUUCGUGGUCGACAUCGAUUAUUAUUGUUUAAAGAUGGCCAACCAGAUUCUAGUUAUCACCGACCAUUAUCGCAACAAUUCUUCAUGGAACCUAUAAUGAUCUUUGCCAAACUAAACAAACAACGUCAUCAUCAUACAAAAUCAAUGGCGAUGAUAAUGAACAAAUUUUCAAUGUUACGAACAUCAACAUCAUUACCGCCGCAAAUACAUUUAUUAACAUUAGAACAAUGGUCAUAUGAUCGUUUAUUAUUACGUUUAGAAAAUAUCUAUCAACAAGGCGAACCAAGUAGUAAAAAAGUGCGAGUCAAUUUAAGAAACUUAUUCACUACAUUCACUAUAACUCAUGUUGAGGAGAUGACACUAUCGGCCAAUCAACCGAUCAAUGUGAUUGAUAAACGUUUACAGUUCAAUUAUCAAUCUUCAGAUGAUAAUCAAUUCUAUUAUCGACCACCAUCAUCAACAGCCAAUAAUACUUCGAUGGACAUUGAACUUGGACCAAUGGAGAUACGUACUUUUUUGAUUAAGAUUUCAAAACCACAACGACAAUUAUAAUUAUUAUUUCUUCUAGAAAAAUUCUUCAUCAUUUUAACAUAAACAAAAUGUUUUUGGUUGGUUGAAAAGAAAUGUUGAAAGAGAUGAUAU